AUGGGAAUCUUUCUUGGCAAAAAAGAUUCACAGAUCUCGGUAGAUCUGGACAGCCGCAUCCACGAUGCGUUUCGAGCGGAACGGAUGCUUCGGCAUUUCGGACUACGCUGUACCUCGUCCGAAGCCCGGAGCCGACCUCGACUACGUGUAGUUAAUCGUGCCCUUCGAGCAGGAAUGGAGUCUGCGAUGCGCGCGCUGCACGCCGCGUCCGGCGCCCUUCACAGCGCCGCAGCGUCGCCGACCCUGACGCGCGCGCUGGACGCAGCGGCGGUGCCGCUCUCCCGCGCCUUGCAAGCGACGCUGCCCAGCGCGCCUGCGCUCCUGGACGCGUCCGACGUCGCCCUGUCGCGCGCCAUCGUAGCGACGGUGGUCCCGCCGCUGGUGUGGAACGGGCUCGGGCGCCUCGAGUUGCACACGCGGGCGAUCUCGAAGCUGACGCGGCGCCCGCUCGUCGGCGUGUACGCCUGCGGGGCCGUCAUCGCGGCCGUGAGCGUACUGCGGUCCGCGCUCUUCGCGGCCGCCAUGCGCUCGCAGCCGCGCGCGGAGAUGCUCGACGCGCCGCUGGUUCACGCGGCGGCCGGCGCGCUUGGCGUAUUCGGCGCCGCGCUGUUUGUCGGCGCGUACUGUCGCCUGGGCAUCGUCGGCACGUACUUGGGCGACUACUUCGGACUGCUCAGGGAGGACAGGGUUGCUGAGUUCCCGUUUAGCGUCGUGGACAACCCCAUGUAUGACGGCAGCUCCAUGGUCCACUUGGCGGAGGCUUUGCUGUACGCUAGCCCGGCGGGGGUUCUGCUCGCGGCGUGGCUGUUCUUUUGCUAUCGAGUAGGGUGUAUUUUCGAGGAGCCGUUCACAGCGAGAAUGUAUGCGGAGCGCGGCGUAAGCGCGCAAGAGCAGAGAGACAAAAGGGAGUGA